GAACCUCGCCCCUCUCUCUCUCUUUCUCUCCAUCUCUCUCCCCGCCACCACCACCCCCCCUCUCUGACCCUCAUCGGGCCGUCGACAGCAAUCGCCGUCGAUUAUGUUCGCGGCCAUCAUAUAGCCCGGAAUCUGAGAUCAAAUAUCAGUACCCAUGGAUCUUGCGGGUGACUUUAAUCAAGAAGUGAUGGUGGAUGUGGAGAAUUGCAGUAGAGAAGCUGACGCAAAUGGAAUUGGUGGAAGUUCGAUAGAAGGAGGAGAGUAUCGGGGGGUAGUGGAUGUAAAGAUCGAUGAAGAUUCUCUAGAACGAGAUGAAAUGCCUGAGGCAGUCCCUGCGGCAACUGCAGGGCCCUCUGGAGACGAACCCUUCAUCGGGCAGGAGUUUGACUCAGAAGCAGCAGCCCACGCAUUCUACAACACAUAUGCUACUCGGGUAGGGUUCAUUGUCCGGGUCAGCAAGCUCUCAAGAUCAAGGCGAGAUGGGUCCGCCAUUGGGCGAGCCUUCGUAUGCAACAGAGAAGGCUUCAGGAUGCCUGACAAACGGGAGAAGAUUGUGAGGCAGAGGGCAGAGACGAGGGUUGGCUGCAGGGCAAUGAUACUGGUGAGGAAGGUCGAGUCAGGGAAGUGGGUUGUUACCAAGUUUGUGAAGGAGCACACCCAUCAGUUAACGCCUGGGAAAGGCCGGAGAGACUGCAUUUACGAUCAAUACCCGAAUGAGCAUGACAAGAUACGUGAGCUAUCCCAGCAGUUGGCGAUUGAGAAGAAGCGGGCGGCCACGUACAAGAGACACCUUGAGCUUCUCUUCGAGCACAUAGAGGGCCACAACGAGAGCCUUGCGAAGAGGAUCCAGCACAUAGUUGAGAACGUGAGAGAAAUCGAAACUAAAGAUCAUCAGCAACAGCAGCAGCAGCAGCAGAGUCUUAGAUGAUGAUGAUGAUGAUGAUGGUGAUGAUUGGAGAUAUACCUCCUUUUGAAUUUGUACAAUCAGUGAACCAUUUGGGGUUCUCUUUCUUUUUUUACUUUUUCUCUUUUUAUUUUUUUUUAGGAUUUUCUCUGAUUUUCCUUUGCCCCCCCCCCCCUUUUUGUGUAGGAAAUAAUAUAUUGUCCACAAUUGUAGCUUUGGAAGGUUUUUAUUCUUCUUUUUUUUUUUCAAUUUUUUUCCUUUAUUUACUUUUUUUUCUUUUUAUAUAUGUACAUAAUUUUUAGUUUGGGAAACUGUUCAUAUUAAGAUUGUCCUUCUGCUAGUCA